GCCACUUCCGUUUCCGGUCCGCUGUAUUAGAGAGCCGGGAGCCGCACACAGCCCGCACGUGUCCAGAGAUGGGAGCCUAUCUGUCCCAACCCAACACCGCCAAGUGCUCCGGGGAGGGGGGCAACGGAGGAGUCAGCUACGGAUACUCCGCCAUGCAGGGCUGGAGGGUGUCCAUGGAGGACGCCCACAACUGCAUCCCGGAGCUGGACGGGGAGACGGCCAUGUUCUCCGUUUAUGAUGGACACGGAGGGGAGGAGGUGGCUCUCUACUGUGCCAAGUACCUACCCGACAUCAUCAAGGAUCAGAAAGCCUACAAGGAGGGAAAAUUACAGAAGGCUCUAGAAGACGCCUUCCUCGCCAUCGAUGAGAUGCUGACUCAGGAAAACGUGAUCAAGGAACUAGCCCAGAUGGCCGGACGACCCAUCCAUGACCAUGAUGAUAAGAAUAAGGUGGCAGAUGAAGAUGAUGUUGACAACGAGGAGGCAGUUCUGUUACACGAGGAAGCCACCAUGACUAUAGAGGAGCUGCUUACCCGUUAUGGGCAGAAUUGUGGCAAGGCGCACCGACAUAAGUGCGCAGAUAAGAAAGAUCCCGAGGAGCCGGCCAAGGAGGCCAGUGUGAACGGAGAGCUGGAAUCUGAGAAGCAGUGCAAGAAUGGCAAGAAGGAGGAGGCCUCCUCUGGGAUCUCCUCAUCCUCUGAUGGAGCUGUAGGGGGCUCCUCAUCCUCGGAUGGAGCUGUAGGGGGCAGCAGUGCAGCUUUGGGGAGCUCCUCUAAGGCGGGAGAGGAGGCCGUGUCCUCCUCCACCGGAGAGGCUGGCCCAUCCUGCUCCUCCUCCUCCGCCCAGCCCCAGAGCACCGACAAGUCCAAGUUCUUCGAGGACAGUGGAGAGUCCGGGGCAGAAGAGGAAGAGGAGGAGAGUGAGGAGGGCAGCGAGGAGGAUUACAGCAGCGAGGAGGCGGAGAAUGAGGAAGAAGAGGAUAGCGAGGAGGUGGAGGAUGAAGAAGAGGAGGAGGAUGAGGAGGAUGAUGAAGAGGAAGAAGAGGGGAUGCUCCCAGGAAUGGAUGGAAAGGAAGAGCCUGGUUCGGACAGCGGGACCACAGCAGUCGUAGCUCUGAUCAGAGGAAAACAACUGAUUGUUGCCAACGCCGGGGACUCGCGCUGCGUGGUAUCAGAGGCUGGUAAAGCGGUGGAUAUGUCUUAUGACCACAAACCAGAGGAUGAGGUGGAGCUGGCCCGAAUUAAGAACGCAGGGGGGAAAGUGACCAUGGACGGCAGAGUGAAUGGAGGACUCAAUCUCUCCCGGGCUAUUGGCGAUCACUUCUACAAGAGGAACAAGAACCUUCCUCCAGAGGAGCAGAUGAUCUCGGCUCUGCCUGACCUCAAAGUGCUGACGCUGAACGAGGAAAAUGACUUCAUGGUCAUAGCCUGUGACGGCAUCUGGAAUGUGAUGAGCAGCCAGGAAGUGGUGGAAUUUGUUCAUGAGAAGCUUAAACUGCAGGAGCAGUCUGGGGACCCUGUCUGCCUGUCAUCCAUAGUGGAGGAGCUCUUGGACCAGUGCUUGGCUCCUGACACCUCCGGCGACGGUACAGGCUGUGACAACAUGACCUGCAUCAUUGUGCGCUUCAAGCCCUUCUGCCCCAGCAAGAGGAAACUGGAGGACGGGGAGAUGGGCAGCGCGGACUGCAGCGACAGUAAUAAGAAGGCGAAGAGGGAUUAGCAGGACGCUGCGGCGCCCUCAUUGGACUUUGAACACUCUACAGACUUUUACGAGUAUUUGUCCCUUUAAUUUUUUUUUUUUUUAGAGUUGGUUCUAAAGGCCGCUGUACAAAUGUGUUUCGAUGUUGGGUCUGGGCCAAAUGGUGCUCAUGUUGGGGAGGGAGGGUUGGGAGUCGGAUUGGGGGAGGGAAGGGAAAUGGGGGGCUCGCUAUCAAUUUGUGUAUAAUUUUUUGUAAUCAUUCCAUGAUCCCCUCCCGCUGGCCCUGGAACCUGUGGAUGAAUUUUAACAUGCCUUUUUAUAAACCUGUGUCUCCUGAAUCAAUCUGGCGCCGGUUGGGCGAUUUACGUCGGCCAGUAUGAACUGUGGAUGGCUGUGGUGGAACUCUUGAAUGAUGGCGGUGUAGCAAGUCCUGUGGCACUGGCAUUAAAUGGUUAAUGAGG